AUGUUUGCACGUUUGCUUCUCGGUGUCCUGGCGUCUGUCACAGGCUCGCUUGGCCACUCGCUCGGCAUGACUCUGCAGAAACGCGCCCACCUGCGCCUGGAGGCACUCGGCAGUAACUCAAAGACAUGGCGCGACAGCGAGUGGCAAGCCGGGCUGGCCCUGUACUUGUUCAGCUCCACUGUACCGCCAACACUGGCACUUAGUAUCCUUCCUGUCUUUGUCGCUGCGCCCCUGGCUGCUGUCGGGCUGGUGGCCAACGCUGUUUUUGCGCGGUACAUUUUGUCCAGCACCUUUGCGCGGACCGACGCCUUCGGCACGUUGCUGGUGGCCCUCGGAAGCAGCAGCGUGGCGGUGUUUGGUGCCAUUGACGAGCCACCCCUUUCGCUAGCCGAACUAAUGAAGCUGUACAGACGCAAAGCCUAUGCUGUGUUCUUCGCCGGGAUAUACUGUGGCUGUCUUGGCGCUGAUUCUAGCCGAGCUGCUCUGGAGGCACAGGUACGACAGGCUGGUGAGGAGAACAGGUGGUGCGCAGUAUCAGAGCCAUGGGUCCGCACGCUGAUCGCGGGGGCAGCCAGGGUUCCCCUAGGUACUGUGGGCGCUACUGCGACCAGGUUUACGGCUGGUGAGGGAACACCGCUGCUGGCUGACUCUCUGUCGUCGUAUUCAUCCGUGUACGCAUCAUCAACAGACUCGCUAGCCACUGCGGUAGGCACCCGUCGCCCGACACCCCGCCCAGCCGAUACAGAGCCUGCGCUUCCACCAACGCCGACACAGCCCCCAGCGACAGGCACCCUGCCGCCGGCCUCGCUGGUCAUCACAGACUCGUCGGCCUCUGCAGAUAGCAUGUUCCGCAGCCACUUCUCGCAGGCCAGCGGCAUUCUGGCGCAGGAGGCUAAGGUUAGCCGGGCCGCCCAGCUAGCCAAGUACAUCUCGGGCCAGACCCUGCUGCUGGCCAAAUCCGGGAUUGGCUUGCUCGUUCUGACUGUGCGCGGCAACAUGCAGUUCAAUGACCCACUAGCUGUGGCCAUUGUCGUUGGUCUGGUGGCCACCGCCCUAGCCAACCUCUACUACAUCCAGCGCGCUCUGCGUCUAUGCAGCACGCUGACUGUUGUGCCGCUCACCUACUGCAGUAGCUCACUGAUGGCCCUAAUCAAGCUGCUCAGCACCCUCCAGAUUGCCAUGAUCUCAAUCGGCAUCGUGUUGCUGGCAGUAGGCGUCAUGUUCCUGUCGUCAAAGACCGAGGACCAAGAGGGCCCGCUGCAUCUGCCGCCUGAAGAUCCUGACGAUGUCAUCUAG